AUGCAGGGCAAUCUGGGUUUUAUAAGAUCCGUAAAGGGAUUACCCUUUAUUCCAGAUAUCUCUUUUUUGUACACAUUGUUUUUGAAUGUCAGCCGUAGAAAGCGACCACCAAGAAAGAUGAAGCCGCAGGAAAUGGAAAAGAUUAUCAAAGUUCUGAUCAAGCAGGAAGAAGAUGAGGCAACUGCAUUGGAAAAUGUUGAAAACGAUUUCUAUCUGAACUACCAAAAAAAACCUCACAUACAGGCAAGUAUGAGCCGGAGACCUAGGUAUCUUAACUAUGUGCUUAUGGAUAAGCUAGUCGUUGAUAACACAUAUGAAGCAUCGAAAGCUAUCCAAACCAUCUAUAAGCUGAAGAGGGAAGCAGAGAUGAGAAUGGAGGAACUGAAGAAGGAGGUGAAGAAACUACUAGAAGAUGAUCGAGCUUAUGUCGAUUAA